AAUAGUUGCAGAUUCGGAAAUUUUAUAACAUACUCUAUGAACACCUUUUGCAUUGUGCAAAAGGCGGGAUUUCUAUGUUUUGACACUAGCUGUCAAUGUCAAUUUUCUAGUUCAAUGUUUUUGGAUAUUUGGGCGAAUUAUUAUCCCAAAUAUUCCAUUCCAACAGUAUUAUGACCGCAAUUAUUAAAUAAUUGCUAGUACAAUCAUGUCAUGACGAUAGAUAUAAAUGUAUUAUAAAUAAAUCGUGUUUAUAAGUGUUUUGGAAUCUCCAAUAUGGGUAUCACAGGUUUGAUUCCGUUUUUGGAGAAGGCCUCACGGCGAGCUAACGUGGGCGAAUUCAGCGGGUGCACCGUCGUCAUAGACUCGUAUUGUUGGCUGCACAAGGGAGCCUUUGCCUGUGCUGAUAAGUUAGUAAGAGGAGAAGAGACUGACAUCUAUAUAAAGUAUUGCUUGAAGUAUGUGACGAUGCUGUUGUCAAAGAACGUUAAACCAAUACUGGUGUUUGAUGGACGCCACCUGCCAGCCAAAGCUAUGACUGAAGCUAAGAGGAGAGAGUCUCGUGACAUAUCAAAGAAAAGAGCAGCUGAAUUAUUAAGUCUUGGAAAGAUCGAAGAAGCCCGAUCUUACAUGCGACGGAGCGUCGACAUUACGCACGCUAUGGCCCUAAGCCUUAUCAAGGAGUGCCGUAACCGGAACGUGGAUUGCAUAGUCGCUCCGUACGAAGCUGAUGCUCAGUUGGCAUACUUGAACAUCAAGAAUAUAGCGCAGUUGGUUAUAACGGAGGACUCUGACUUGAUACUGUUUGGGUGCACUAAGGUUCUCUUCAAAAUGGACCUCGAGGGCACGGGCACGCUAGUGGAGACCGCCAAGUUGCCUCUGGUGAUGCGGUGCCCCAUCGAGCACUACCGCUUCGACAAGUUCCGGCAGAUGUGCAUCAUGUCUGGAUGUGAUUAUCUCGCGUCGCUGCCUGGGAUCGGAUUGGCUAAAGCCAGGCAGUUCGUUACGGCUACGCAGGACAGUAAUUUUGCCAAUGCCCUGAAGAAGCUACCAAGCUUCUUCAACCGGUCCAGUCUCACAGUGACCGAUGAAUACCGGGAGGACUUCCUAAAGGCAGAAGCGACGUUUAAACACCAGUACGUCUACGAUCCCAUAGAGAGGCAGAUGGUGCGGCUGACUGAACCUGACGACGAAGACAUAGAAAAAGCGUUGUGCGUGAAUGCUGGUGAAUUAUUAGACCCUAAGACAGCGUUUCAGCUAGCUUUAGGGAAUUUGGACCCAUUCUCCUUGAAGAGGAUGGAUGACUGGCACCCGGACUACAGACCUGUUCCAAACGGUAUCAAAACGGACAACUGGAAAGACAAAGGCACCGCGCCACACCCCAGCAUAUGGAGCCCGGACUUCGCUAAAUACCUGAAUGAUGAUACUCCUUGGCUGAAGAAGGUUAAGAAAGUAGAGCCGAUCAUAGCCGUGCCUACUGUUAGGACGAGGAAGGUUGUUAAUUUGGUGGCUAAAAUCGUUCCGGAGACUCAGGACGAAAGUUUAUCAAUAGAAACACUAAGCAACAUGUACUGUGUAGAACCGGCGUUGAAAAAACCAAAACUAGACCCAGACGCAACAUUAAACCUAAGCGAUACCUAUCUAGACUCCAUAAACUCGCAAGACCCAAACACAGCAUUCCAAGGCGCCGAAAUCGAAAGAAACCUACCUCAGAACAAAUCUCCUGUCUUAGAAAAUAAGCAAAGAUCUUUUAAGAAAAGUUUAAGCAAUACUUAUUCCGUUUUGAAAAGACUGAGCAAGUUCCCUAGAACGACUUUAGACGGAAACGUAGUAGAAAGUAAGUUUUUCAACGGACCCAGUGUUGUUAUAAAGGAAUCUCCAGAGAGGACUAGUAAAAAUCCGUUUAAAAUUGAAAAUAAAACUGAAAUAGAUCAAUCUCCGGAAAGUGUGAAUAAAAAUCCGUUUAAAUUUGAGAAUAAAACUGAAAUAGAUCAAUCUCCGGAAAGUGGGAAUAAAAAUCCGUUUAAAUUUGAGAAUAAAACUGAAAUAGAUCAAUUUUCGGAAAGUGUUAGUAAAAAUCCGUUUAAAAUUGAGAAUAAAUUGGAGAUAAAUUCCCAGUGUUCUCAGAUUGAAGAUUCUCAGCUCGGGAGUUCUCAGAAAGAAAAUUCCCCGUGUAAUAGUCCUGUGAAGUUACCUAGUCCUGUUUUAGAGCCUAGCCCUAGAUGUAGGACGUUUAGGAUGAGAUUAGAAAAUGAGUCUAGAGAAGUUUUAAGUGAAGAAUCUGUGAUAGAAAACACUUAUCCUAUGGAGAAUUUGGUUACCCCAGCGGAUUCUCAGGAAUCUUUCGGCGACUCGCCUCCUAAAAGAGCUUACAAUGGCACCAUAAGACCACUGCCAUUAAGUCAGCCGUACAAACCGAACUUCAAAAAGUCCACCUGCAGGGUACCGGGGCUGAAGCGAACUGUAUCCGUGCCUAGCAAUCAGCCUACUUUAUUGAGCAAAUUCGGAUUUCAGAAGAAACCAGUAUUGAAGAGAUGAUGAAACCUAGAUCCUAUAUAGAAAAACCUAGAUUUACCCAACGACAUACUCUUAUAACAUGAGCUAUCACUGCCAUGCCUGUUGCAUUCUUUCAAGAAAAGUCAGCUGUCUCUUUCUAACAACAGUGAUAAGUUUCAACGUGCGAAAGAG